ACAGCCGGAGCGGCCGGUACUCGGCGCGAAGCGUGACACACAAGUGUGAGAAGAAAGAGGGAAGGAGGAGAGCAGGGGACCGUGCAGCCCUCUGUACUAAUGGACAAUAAGGAUAUUUAACCGCUUGCCCGGGGAGCGCACAGACACCGCAGUCCAUGCCUCUGCCUUGCCAGGUCAUUGAUGGGAAAUCAACUGGAUCGGAUCACCCACCUCAACUACAGCGAGCUGCCCACGGGGGAUCCGUCCGGGCUGGAGAAGGACGAGCUUCGGGUCGGCGUCGCCUACUUCUUCUCUGACGAAGAGGAGGAGGUGGACGACCGCACUCCGUCUGACUGCGGCUUCACCAAGGACCACAGCCCGGCCGAGGAGGGACCGUUCUCGGUCAGCGAGGUGGAGUACUCCGCGUUCUGCUCCCAGGAAUGCAUCUUCUCCAAACUGCGGGAGAACGAGGACUUGAAUGUGUACUCGGCCAAAACUUUGCUGACUAUGUGCAAACCGGGGGACCUGCUGGAGCUGGUGGCCGCGGCGCAAGCCCCCCACUGGGCCAUCUGCGAGCAGGACGACCAGGUCAUCCAUCUGCACAAGGGCGAGAUCCGCAAGGACAGCCUGCUUGAAAUCAGCAGCGGUCGCCACGGGAGGAUAGUGAACAAUCGGUACCGGUAUCGGCCGCUCCCCCCUGACCUGGUGAUGCAGAACGCAGCGGGACACCUGGGCUUGCGCAGCGAGGAGAUAUGCUGGACCAACUCGGAAAGUUUCGCAGCCUGGUGUCGCUUUGGGAAACGGGAGUUUAAAGCCGGGGGAGAGGUGCACUCGGCGGAGCAGCAGUAUUUCCUCAAAGUGCAUCUGAGCGGCAGCGGGGUGCACACUCUGGUCUUUCGCAGCCUGGAGGACAUGAUCCGGGAGAGGAGGCGAGUGGACGCCAGUGGAAUUCUCAAAGAGCUGUCUUUGGUUAACGGGGGCAAGGAGUGAUCAGGGAUUCCGUUUGAUAUCCUCUCCUCCACCAGCCUCUCCCCCAUCUCCCCCAUCAGCUGCCUCGUCUCCUCCAGCGCGCAAGGACGCACAGUUUCUUUUGCGCACAUACAAGCACACAGACGCACGCACAUGCAAAAAAGACCUGUUGGGUUGUUGGACUGUCUGCUUUGUCACGCACGGACCCCGGGCUGCUGUCUGGACCACACGAGGCGUCCUGUGGAAUUUCUGUUGAAAACAAACUGAGAGAGUGCGGCCACAUAAACAGACAACGCCCCUUUCACAUUAGAAAUCGUGCUGAGUGGCGGGGACGCACGAUUUCUAACCAAUCCAUUGCCCCGAACAGAGAAAUAAUCACCUUCUACAACCACAUUGCGCACAAGGCUCGGUUUGGUUUUCUGUUUUUAAUUUCUCGGGAUAAUAAUGGAAAUAAUAACAAUAAUGGCCCCUCUCUCUCUGCAAAGGGCGCCUGCUGCGGCAGACCAGACGGUGAGAUGAGAGGUGGGGUGGUGGGGGUGAAACAUAGGAUCUGGGGUGGCUCUGGAAAAGUCUCCCUUCUAUUUUUUUACUGUUAGCUUUAAGACCAUGCCACACAGCCCCAAGCCACUAACACUGAAUAGACCUCUGACAGUCCCAGGCUACACAGUUGCCUAUAAAGCGAAGUGUUUCUUGGCUUGUCCAAGCUCUCUCCUUUUGGCCAUAUUGAGAGUAUUGUCAUUUCCACAAUGCUGUCAUCAUCCUCGAUCCACAGCACUGGAUGUAUGUGUAAGCUGUAUUCCUAUUGAUUUGAGUCCCUUAUUUUUGUAUUUAAGUUUCAGUGGAUUUAACCCUGAUCUAUCUCUCUCUCUUUUGGUUCAAAUAAAUGGAGGUUGAAAUAUGAAAAUAACAACUUGGUCUAAGCAGGUGUUGUUUGGU